AUGUUGAACUUCAAUUCAAAAGGCUUUUGGAGGAAAACAAAAAAAAAUAAGGCAGAAAAAAGAAAAUAUACAGCUGAUUGUUAUGAUGUGGAGAGUGAAACACAAGCAGAAGAAGAGGGUGAAGUGCCUAAUCCUGUACAAUCUCCGGCUCCUGCAACAAUGGGAGACAAAGGAAAGAGAAGAGCGAUUGCUGCAACUCCAAUUGGAAGUUAUUUUAAGGAAAGGACUACGACAGGCUCUCAACCAACUUUGAAAAGUGUCUUGGCCAGUAAACAAGUUAAACACAAGGUUAAGUUGGGGCUUGCAAGAUGGAUCAUUGAUGCACGAAUUCCAUUCAAUGCAAUUCAAUCGCCUUACUUUCAACCUGCCUUGGAUGGCGUUGCUGCAAUUGGACUUGGUUUCAAGGGACCGUCGUAUGAUGAAAUGAGAGUUCAUUUGCUGGCCGAUCUUAAGAAGGAGUGUCAGUUGCUUGUUGAAGGUUAUAGAAGCUCGUGGAAAAGGACUGGUUGUACAUUGAUGGUUGGGUCUAGUAACAUUGUGCAUGUGGUUACUGAUAAUGCUGCGAAUUAUGUAUCUGCUGGAAAACUCAUUCAUGAAAAGUAUCCAAAUAUUUUUUGGUCUCCUUGUGCUGCUCAUUACAUCAAUCUUAUCUUGAAAGACAUAGCAAGUCUUCCUCACAUAGCUGACCUUGCCUCUCGUGCUUCAAAAGUGACUGCCUUUGUUUACAAUUAUAUGAUUUUCUUGUCAUGGCUUAGAAAAAGAAAAGAGUGGAAAGAAAUUGUUCGACCAGGAGUAACACGUUUUGCUACUGUUUUUAUUACUUUGAAAAGUAUAUAUGAUCAUAAAGAAGAUUUGCAAUCAUUGGUGAUUGACAAAUAUUUCACUUCUCAUAAAUUAUCCAAGAGUGUCAAUGGGAAGAUGGUUAGUUCAAUUAUCUUGGAUAGUAAGUUUUGGGAGGAUUGUUUUACUACUGUUAUGCUUGUUGGUCCUCUAAUUAAGUUAUUGAGGCUUGUUGAUGCUGAUGAGAAACCUUCUCUGGAUACCGUGUAUGCGGGCAUGCAAAGAGCCAAAAUUAAUAUCAAGACAAUGUUUAGAAAUAAAAAAUCUGCAUACACACCUUAUACAAGUAACUUGAAAAUGCGGUGGGAUAAGCAUUUGAAGCGUGACCUCCAUGCAGCAGCAUACUUUUUGAAUCCAGAUUACUUCUAUAGUGAGGGAUUUGUUGAGAAGGCAAAUAUCUUGAGGUCUUUGCUUAAUUUAUUUGAUAUUGAAACUCUUUGCGAUGACUCGGUUGCCGCAAUGCAAGAGAUGCAGUUGUAUCGAGAUCGAAAAGGAAGUUUUGGAAGGGAAAGUGCAUUGAAAGCAAUUAAGAGACUUGAACCUGGUGAAUGGUGGAGGCUACACGGUGGGAGUGCUCCUAACUUGCAAAAAAAUGGCAAUUCGUCUUCUUCAUCAAAUAUCUUCAUCAUCCGGCUGCGAGAGGAACUAGAGCCUCUUUGA